AUGAUCUCCACCACCGGUGCUUCGGUGCGCCGCGUCAUGAUGGCCUUUGUGGGCCUCAUGUUGGCAGUUACAUCUGCUUUGCCAUCUGGUCGGUAUGCUAGAGGCCUUCCCUUGGCCCCAGCGGAUGAUCCGUUCUAUCAACCCCCGGCUGGCUUCGAAUCGGAGGCACCAGGCACAAUUCUGAAGCAGCGGGAUAUCCAUGUUGCCUUCUUGGGUCUGAUUCCAGAUCCAGUGACUGCCUACCAGUUGCUAUAUCGGACAACCGCUGUCAACGGCUCUGCCAUUGCCACGGUUACCACGAUCUUCAAGCCUAUCAACCCGAAGAAGGAUCGAUUUAUUUCUUUCCAGACGGCUUACGACAGCUCAGCGAGCAUCUGCAACCCUAGCUAUAAUUACCAGCUCGGGGCAGCGCAGACUGAUAUCAUUUCAUCCGCUGAGCAGUUGAUCCUGCAAAUCUACCUGCUUCUGGGAUACAUUGUUGUCUCGCCUGACUAUGAAGGCCCCGAUGCGGCCUUCGGCCCGGGUCGCUUGGCUGGAAUGGGAACUCUGGAUAAUAUGCGUGCUGUUUCUAAUUUCGAGACUCUUGGUCUUAGUAGCACUAGCCCCAUGAUUGUUGGCAUCGGUUACUCAGGCGGCGCCCUCGCCACAGGAUGGACAGCUUCUUUGCAACCCUCCUAUGCCCCUGAGCUGAAGAUCAAAGGUUGGGUUCAGGGUGGCACCCCCUCUAACUUGACGGGCACCUUGCUCGAGCUCGAUGGCGGAGUCUUCAGCGGGUUCAGCCCUGCUGCUGUUGUUGGAUUGUCCCAGCCCAGCGCGUAUGGUACCGAAUUGAGCGCUCUGAUCAGUUCCAUCCUGACGACGGAAGGCGCAUCCAAGAUCAACUUUGCUAGUAAGAAUUGCGCGGUGGCCGAUCUGCUCAACUUUGCUGGACAGUCGCUGUUUUCCACGAGUAUCCAGAGUCUGGGCCCGGAGCUGCUGUACAACCCAACAAUUCAGUCCGUACUGAAAGAAAACACCAUGGGCGUCAACAAGGACGAAACACCCACAGCACCUGUGUUUGUUUAUCAUGCCACGCAAGACGAGAUCAUUCCCUACUCGAACGCAUCAGUCAUGGUCGACUCGUGGUGUAAUUACGGCGCUAACGUGAAGUUCACCACUUUCGCCGCUGGUGGUCACGCGACCACUGAAGUCAUCGCAGUGGCAGACGCUGUCAACUUUGUCGAAGCUGCCUUUGCCGGUACCACGACGAGCGGAUGCACCAAGAACACGGAACUUGCCAGUAUUCUAAACCCGAUCGCACUGGGCGUGAGCCUAGAGCCUAUUUUGGUGAAGUUAAUCGACGUGCUUCUCACGCUUGGAAAGCGCGACGAGAACGUGAAGCAGAACCUCGACGUUCUGCAUGAGACGGUUACUUGGUAG